GUUAUGGCAGAAGCAGUUGUGUCAUUUGGAGUUGAGAAGCUUUGGGAGCUCCUGAGUAGAGAAUCCGAAGGAUUGACUGGAAUUGAGGAGCAAGUUUCUGGAUUAAAACGUCAGCUUGGAAGGUUACAGUCGUUGUUGAAAGAUGCAUACGCCAAGAGAUAUGAGAGUGAAAGGGUGAGAAACUUCUUGGAACAUGUCAGGGACCUUGUCUAUGACGCUGAGGAUAUAAUCGAAUCUUUUCUUCUCAAAGAGUUCGGAGGGAAAGAAAAAGGGAUCAAGAAACGUGUGAAGAGGCUUGCUUGCUUCCUAGUGGAUCGCCGGAAACUCGCUUUAGAUAUCCAAGGCGCAAGCAGGAGGAUCUCUGAGGAGAUUGAGGGGAUGCAGAGUUUUGGGCUACAGCAGAUUAUCGUCGACGGUGGCCGCUCACUGUCGCUGGAGCAGUUGGAGAUCCGGCAAACGUUUCCCAACAGCCGUGAAAGCGAUCUUGUUGGGGUUGAGCAGAGUGUGCAAGAGUUGGUUUGUCGUUUGGUGGAGAAUGAUAGCAUUCAAGUGGUUUCUAUAUCGGGAAUGGGCGGUAUUGGUAAAACCACACUCGCCAGACAAGUUUUUCACCACGACACUGUCCGGCGCCACUUUGAUGGGUUCGCAUGGGUCUGUGUUUCGCAGCAGUUUGCGCGGAAGCACGUUUGGCAGAGACUCUUGCAAGACCUCAGACCGCAUGAUGAGAAUGUAAUACAUAUGGAUGAAUAUACACUCCAGGGUGAACUCUUUGAAUUGCUGGAAACUGGUAGAUAUUUGCUUGUCCUCGAUGAUGUGUGGAAAGAAGAAGACUGGGACCGAAUCAAACCAGUGUUUCCACGGAAAAGAGGUGAUGGUUGGAGGAUGCUACUUACUUCUCGCAAUGAAAGCGUCGGGUUACAUGCAGAUCCGAAAAGUUUUGCCUUUAGGCCAAGAAUCCUUACUCGGGAAGAAAGUUGGAAGCUAUGUGAAACUGGGUUAAAGGUUGAUGAAGAAAUGGAAGCUCUGGGAAAGGAAAUGGUUGCUUAUUGUGGAGGAUUACCGUUAGCCGUUAAAGUGCUAGGAGGGUUAUUAGCUAAGAAGCAUACAUUUCUCGAGUGGAGAAGAGUAUAUGACAAUCUUGGAACCCAGAUCGUAGGAAAGUCUAGCUUUAAUGACAACAACCCCAAUUCGGUUUACCGAGUUUUGUCUCUAAGCUAUGAGGAUUUGCCUAUGAAGUUAAAGCAUUGCUUCCUUUACUUGGCCCACUUCCCUGAAGAUUACAAGAUAAAAGUGAAGACAUUGUUCAAUUAUUGGGUUUCAGAAGGAAUCAUAACGUCCUUGUAUGAUGAUGGAUCGACCAUUCAAGAUAGUGGAGAAGGCUACUUGGAAGAGUUGGUGAGGAGAAAUAUGGUUACUGUGGAAGAAAGCUAUUUGACUUGGAGAAUGGAACAUUGUCAAAUGCAUGACAUGAUGAGGGAAGUAUGUUUAUCUAAAGCCAAAGAAGAGAAGUUUCUUGAAUUCAUCAAAGUUCCAACUUCCACCUUUACCAUCAAUGCUCAAAGACCUCGCAGGCUCGUUAUACAUAGCGGCAAUGCACUUGAUUUGCUGGGAGAUAAUAAAAGCAAUAAAACAGCCAGAUCUGUUUUGGUUUUUGGGGUGGAGGAAAACUUUUGGCAGCUUCCAGGUUUCCAAAGUUUACCAUUGCUCAGGGUGUUGGAUCUUUCUUACCUACAGUUUAAAGGAGGGAAGCUACCUUCCAGCAUAGGAGAGCUCAUCCACUUGAGAUUCUUGAGCUUGCACGAGGCUGGAGUAUCUCAUCUCCCUUCUUCUCUGCGAAAUCUAAAGCUUCUGCUCUAUUUGAACUUAGGUGUCGUUGAUCUGUUACACCUUGUUUAUGUGCCGAAUGUUUUGAAAGAGAUGCAAGAGCUGAGGUACCUUGUCUUACCUCGUUCAAUGCAUGAGAAAACAAAGCUGGAACUGUGUGAUCUAGUGAAGCUGGAGUCCUUGACGAAUUUCUCAACGAAACACAGUCGUGUUAGAGACCUCCUCGGGAUGCCUAAGCUAAGAGUUCUCAGUUUGAAUAUCAGUGGCCGGUGUGCUUUUGAGACUCUGUCGUCAUCUCUUCAUGAACUGAGGAAUCUAGAGACGCUUAGUAUAUAUGAUGGCCAAAAAAUCAGUGCUGAUCGUAUUCAUGGGGGUGAAAUCGUGAUGGAUUUUAUUCAUCUGAAGGAGUUAACACUGUCGAUGCAUAUGCCAAGGUUUCCGGAUGAGUAUCGUUUCCCUCCCCACCUUGCACACAUAUGGCUGAUCGGAUGCCGCAUGGAGGAGGAUCCAAUGCCGAUUCUAGAGAAAUUGCUUCAUUUGAAGUCGGUUUGUUUUUCAUCUGGCGCUUUCUUGGGGAGGAGAAUGGUGUGCUCGAGAGGUGGGUUUCCUCGGUUAUGUGCACUGAAGGUAUCUUAUCAGAAAGAAAUGGAAGAGUGGAGAGUAGAGCAAGGGUCGAUGCCAUGUCUCCGUACUUUGACUAUAGAUAAUUGCAGAAAGUUGAAAGAGCUUCCAGAGGGGCUCUCUUACGUAACAUCCUUAAAGGAACUCAAGAUUGAGAGAAUGAAGAGGGACUGGUCGGAGAAAUUGGUGCCAGGUGGGGAUGAUUACUGCAAAGUCCAACACAUUCCCAGUGUUCAGUUUAUCAACUGUCACGGUCAAUAA